UUCAGGCACCCACUACAGAUUAGUCAUUGGCAGAUUAGGGGUAGUUUCCUAACAGGCAUGCUUUAGCUGGCUUCUUACUGAGUGCCGUGAGAUGGAAAAAAAGAGAGAAGCCUCUGCCUCAGCUAGACAGUGCCCAACCAAAACUGAGAGCAAAUGGUGAUGCCUCCCACCAAAGAACAGGAAGCCAGUGGAAGAGACAUGGAUCAGAUGAAUAAGCAGAAUGGAGCCUCUGGGGACCUAGUGGAAGCUACAGAGAGGAAGAGAGGCAAAGAGUACACAGAGGUUGGGAGAGAGGCCGGCCCUGUUUUUGGGCUGGAUGGAGCUAUGCUUCUCAGACAGCAGCUCCGGCAGUUGCGCAGGGCAUCUGCAGAAGGCCGUGAGCAGCAGCUUGACCUGCUGCUGCCCCUGUUCAUUCAGGUAUCUGAAAGCAGCAGUGGCUCUGAGGUCUGGGACCUGCAGGUUGUGGCCUCUCAGGUUGGAGAGACACUGGUGUUUCACAUUCAGCACAGAGUGGCAGAAAGACCCGCAGAGGAAGCACGGCAAGAGUUGGAGCAGUUUUUUCAACACUCUGAACAUGACAACAGCAAAGGAUGGCUACUGCUGAAGGCCAUGUCUAUUUUGUCUACUAGUGAAGCUGGGUCGACUGCUGCCAUUGAGUCUGGACUGGCUUCAGCUUUAGUGAAGUGCCUGUAUCUGUUUGUGGCCUUGCCUCCCCGCACUGUCAAAGGUCAGGCAGAAGAUCAAAAAUGCUCUUUCCAAGACAUAUUUACUCAGGUGGUGCUGCAGCUGUGCAGGCUGGGUCAGUUUGUCGAGGAAAUGGUGGAGACGCAGGAGCUGCAGUGUUUGAUAAUUGCCCUCACCUCCUUCUGGGACCAGUGCAGCCCUAUGUGGAGGAGACAGGCCUCGCGUGUGCUCAGGGCUGUGUCAGCAGCACAGGUUCCAAACACCAUCCCAGCACUGCAAGCUAAGAACUGUAUGAAGAUCUGCAUCCAAAACCUGCAGAAAAUGAACAAACAGGUCCCUGGGCCAGUCCUAGCCGAGGUGGCAGUCAGUGUAUUCAGCUUUGUGAAGGACUCUUACCCCAUCAGCUCUGCUCUUUUUGAGGAGUUUGAGAACAAUGAUGGCUACACUGUCCUCCAGUCAAUCAUGGCAUGUGCCACCUGUUUGUCUUUUUUCAGCUGUGAGGAGGAAACAGCAGAGGAGCACUUCUCCCCCGUGGAAGACCUUUUGGACCUCAUUGCCUCCCUCACCUUGUUUGGCAAGGCAGAGCUAAAAGUGGCCCUGUGUGUGAACAACCCCCAGCCACCAGACUUCAAGUUCGACCCCCCACUGACCAAAGGAUUUGCAGUUAAGAAUCUUAAAGCUUUCCAGAUCAUCCAGUCCUCAUUCCUGCGUUCAAGCAGCACGCUGACCUGCACCCAGAUCUUGCGCACUGUGCAGAAGAUCUGGUCAUGGGACAAGGCCAACUUCUUCCUGCUUGAGUGGACGCUGCAGUCAUUGGCGCAGCUGGCUGAGUGUGUGUGGCAGAAGCCGGUGGGCGUGCAUGGCCUUUUCUUCGAGCUGCUGGAGACCGUGGUCAUCCAGCUCUCCUACAUCCCCCAUGAUGUGUUGAGGAAGGUGCAUGGUGUGCUGAAGGAGGGCGUGUGUCAGGCGUUCAGUGUGGCGGCACUGCGAUGCCUCCGUCGCUUGGUGGAGCACAGCACCCUGCUCACCGAUGUGCUGAGCGACAGUGGCCUGAUGGAGCUGCUCCUCCUGGAACUGCGAAAAAGAGCAAAGAUACUGAGGAAGGCUGGCAUUACGGGGAAGACCAAGCUGAGAGACUGUGACAGGCAGCUCACCACUAACAUGUUAAACGUAGUUGCUGCUCUGUCAUUGAGAUCCAUCAAAAACACAGUGUGCAUAAAGGACUUGGGGAUGAUUCCCUAUAUAAAGAUUUUCCUGGAUGAUGAGCAGUUCCGUGGUCCAGCUCUGUGUGUGCUAGAGCAGCUGGCUCAGAUGAACCCAGAGGAGUUCAUGAGCACUGCAGUGGGAGCGCUAUGCUCAUCCACGGAGACUGAAAUACAGCUCAAACAUGACCUACUGCAGUCUAUCCUGAGAGUGCUAGAUAACCCGAACAGCUUGAAUGCUUUCCGUACGGCGUGUGGUUUCAAUGCCCUGCUCUCCAUGGUGGUGGACAUGGAGGGUGCGCUGCUGGAGCAGCCAACAGGUGUAUGGGCUUCCAUUUCCCAUCAUGCCCUCAUGGACCUGCUUCUGCUCGCCCUGCACACAGUUGCCCUGGCCGUGCAUCUGAAUCUCAUCAACACCCACUUCUUUCAUGCUACCGGCCAGUACGAGCGGCUGGCUGAGGCCCUGCUCAGGCUGGGCUGCUUCAGCAGCAGGCCCAUGGUGGAGGAAGAUGUGGGUAUAGGUCACCGGAGCUUUCUACAGUUUGUGGAGGUGGCUGAGAGCUCGGCGCUUCCCGCGCAACUGCAGGAUUGCGUCAGACUGCUGCGUUUCCUGGAGCAGUUUGCCACAGGGGUCUGUAUGGAUGUAGACUCAUACACUGGGCUGCAGGAGGCUGUGGAAAUCGAGCAGAAGCAGGAGACUCUCUCGAGCUAUAGCACGGAGGAGCAACCCAGCCAGGAAGACUUUCAGGGCUGGGACAGGAACGGGACAGUGCUCAGUGUCUCAUCGGUCUCUACAGAGUCUGGAAGGUUUUCCUCUGAUCUUACAAUAUUGCACCCUGGAGGAAUUAAGGUCAUCAUGACUCUUCUGCCUCAUAUCUACUGCCCUAGUGACCCUCAGUUAUCCGCUGAGCUGCAGUUAGCAGUGGCCCAUCAUGUGCAGGCUAUGGUGAAGUCAGAGCAGAACAGGCAGAUCAUGUGUGAGUCAGGUCUGCUGGUCACACUGUUGAACCACUGUGGGGCCAUCCUCAGCAGUAGCACCCUCUCACUGCACCUGCCUGUUGUGCGGGUCUUCGAGAAGCUUGCCUCCCAGUCCAUAGACCAUAAGUCCCUAAGACGCUUUCUGUGUUUUGGAGAUCCUUUUAAGUGUAGUACUGAAAAUUGGGUUCCUACCUCCUUCUCAGAGGCUAUGACUUCAUGCCAAGAUCCUCUCACUAAUGGUCACUGCACAGACCAGGCAAAAGAUUUUGUAGAUGGUGAUACUAAAGUCUCCAAAAGGCCUUUAAAAAGGGGUUUUAGCCUACUGCAGACAUCCUCAGGUGGUGGGGUGCCAGUACCCCUUCACCGCAUCAUCAGCCUUGUCUCACUGACUUCACCACGGAGCCUGUGGCCUCACAAAGUCUCUGUCUCCCCAUCGUUUGUGGAGUUUGACAUGACUGACAGUGGAUAUGGGUGUCUCUUUCUGCCAUCUCUUGCCACUGUGAAAGGAGUCAGUGCAGACUCUAUCCCCACAGGAGGCAUCGGUAGUGACUGCCGGGGUUUCCCACCCUCCGCUGGCCUGUCUUUUUCCUGCUGGUUCCUGAUCAGCAGGUUCAGCUCAGCCUGCGAUGCGCACCCAGUGCGCCUGCUCAAUCUGGUGCGUCACAUGUCUCGCGCUGAGCAGCAGUUCAGCUGCCUGUCUGUCAGCAUCUCUGCCUCAGACGGCUGUCUGGUAAUCUCCACUGAGGAGGAGGCCUACCAGUUCUUAGACAUGAUGGAACCAGAGGUUCGCGCUGCCACUACUCUCCCAGUUACAGUGCGCUUUAAAUGCUCCAGACAGCUCAUUCCAGGCCAGUGGCAUUACCUAGUUGUUGCUAUGGCCAAAGACAUCAAAAAGAGUUGCAAAGUAACUGCUUAUCUGGACGGAGAGGUGAUUGGGACAUCAAAGAUGAGAUAUAUUCAGCCAUUCCCAGGUCAGUGCAUUGCAAUGGAUCCAUCAGCAGUUAUUGAUGUUUGUGGGAUUAUUGGCACCCCCCCUAUAUGGAAACAGCGUGCUGCCCUGAUCUGGCGGAUCGGUCCUACAUAUCUUUUUGAGGAAGUGCUGAGCUCUGAUUCUGUAGAGAUCAUGUACACACAGGGAACUAAGUACCUGGGCAACUAUCUUGCUGUUGAUGCUCAAGUGAGGUUAGUUUCUCCAGAGAGGAUCUCCUUUGGUAUAAACCCAGCAGUGUCCACUGUCACUACAAUAGCAGAGAUCAGAGACGAGUACAACGAGGUGGACUGCCGUCUUAUAGCCAAAGAGAUGGGCAUUACAUCACGGGAUAACUCUACUCCUGUCUUCUUGGCUCAAAAUAUCAGUCAGCACCUUAUUGGAACAGCUAGAACCAUUGGGGCAGCCUUGGUUGCUCAUUUUGGAGUGAGAACAUUUAUGUCCAUCAGUGCUGCCACUAGUUUCCAGUACAUUGGUGGAGCUGCAGUUGUUCUCAGCCUGGUUGCCAUGGCAUCAGAUGACAGCUCUCUCUAUGCAUCAGUGAAAGUUCUUCUGUCAGUUUUAGACACGAAUCCGGUGAUGAGACAAGAGAUGAAACGCAUCGGUGGUUAUAAGCUCUUUGCCUUCUUGCUGAAGAUGAAGGCUCAGCUAGUCACUAGAAGGACCUUCCAGCUGGUUUUGGCCAUAGUGGGCACCAUAGAGCUGGGAACAAGCUAUGUCCAUGACCUCACUGCCCUCCAGGACCUCCUCUGUGACUUUGAGGUCUGGCAGAAGACUCCAGAAAGUCUUGAUAUAUCGGUUUUAAAUCACUUCGUGGAUAUCCUGAACUCAUCAAGUGGCGAUCCAAGAAACGCUGAGGCCAUUCACAGUCUCAACCUGAUGACCAGGCUCCUCUUCCAGCUGCACGAUCCUGCUGUCACACACGGAAAAGUCACUCUCAUCUGCACCAUCCUCAGUUGCCUGCUACAAGGACACUUCAGCACAGAAGACAUCCGCAGGCUUGGACUUUUCCUAAUUCAUACGCUGUUGCACCCAACAGUCAAUGAGAACACAGCCUUUCCUUGUAUAAUUUCUGAUGAUCAGUCCCAAGCCUUGAGCCAAACACCUGCAAGAACCGUCUGGAUCAGAAACCAGCUGCUUGAGGUGCUGUCCUCCCUAAUCAUCUCUGACACUCCUCUACUUAACAACAGUAUCCAGGAAGAAGUGUUCUUUACACUGGGGUCAGACUGGUUCCUCCUUUUCUUACAACGGCAGACUCACUCCAGCACAGUGCUAUUGGUUCUUCAGCUGCUCAUUCAUUUCUUGUCCAAUCCGGCCAUCAUGGCCAAAUUUAAGGAAGGCGUGUCACUAGGAACACUAGUGGAAAACAUGGAGAUGCCACUUGAAAUCAUAGGUAACUUGAAGACACGCUUCUGGUCACAUGAGUGUUUGAGCUGCACAUGUCCAGGCUUUACUGUGCUGCCCAAACUGCUUCUCAGCCAUAUUAGCCUUCCACAGGUAUAUGGAGCUAUUGCUGCACUGCUAUUAGGAAAAGCAGACCUCCCCAUGGCUGACAUGACUAAUGGACAGGUGGAUAUUGAUAGCAUGCUCCAGAGUGUGAUUGACAGCUCCACUAAUCAGCAAAGAGUUCAGCUCUGCACAGAGGCAGCCUGUGUCCUUAUAGAGCUAGUCAAGAUGAUUAUUUGUAAGCCUGUAACAGGAAGUGAAGACAGCUGGGAAGUCCAGUACCCAGGCAGUGUGAUGCAGUUCCUCUGCCUGGUACACAGCCUCUUCCCCCGAGAUCCACUGUGGACCUCCCCUGACUUCCUUAGCUCUCUAGCCAGUGCGGUUUUUCCCUCUGAAGACCCCGAAAGCCCUGCAGGUCUCCAGAGAAACGGGGAGAGUGUGGUUGUAGGGGAGUCCCCAGGGGCACGCCUCUCUCACCCUGCACGCAAACAGGUGUGUGACUUCAUCCGCAUCUUGCUGAUGGACAGCCUUAUAAACACGCCUGCCCGAGACCAGCACCACCCCUUCAUCCAGCUGCUGGAGUUCUCCCCUGAGGAAGUGUGUCAGGAGCAGAAGCAGAGCUUUCAGAGUGAGCUGCUAGAGUUUCUAAUGGAUAUCAUUCAUAUAACGGGCCAAGAGGAGGGUCAGUCUACACAUGUGGCGAGAGAUGAUGCACACAAGUCCAGAUCUGAGGGCAAGGUUGCCAUACUGAUUGAGAAUGUUGUCUUCUUCAGUAAGAUGCUGGUGGAGAAGCUCUACACUGGCAUGUUUGUGGUGGAUCCUGAAAACCUGCUCGUCUUUAUAGCUGAGCAGAUAGCUGUGGCCAUGGAGAGGGGCCAGACCCAGCGGGAGGCUACUGUCAGCGUUCUGUACAAGAACCUGAACAGGGCCCUUCUGUACUUCCUGUCGCGUCCACGGCAGUCACCGGCAGAGAAGCAGUUCAUCCUCAGGACCCUGCACGUCCUGGAGGAGCACUGGGAUGUCAUCAUGGCCACGUACAAUGCCAGCGUGCCCUUCACCAGCUGCCUUCUGCACUGCCUGCUCCUCAUUCGCUCAGGAAGCUUUCCCGAGGGCUUUGGCUGUGAAAUGCACAAGAAGCCGACCAGGAAGAUCUGGCGUCACCUCUUCCUUCACAAGAGCAGCCACACAACAGAUCUGCUUGAUGCUCCAGACUCGGCUGAAGUGGAGUUGGAGUUGAUGAGCCUGGUGGAGCGCACAUGGAGUAAGGUCAUGUUUGAGAGGAGGCAGGGACUGGAGGAGGCCUAUAAGAUUGACCUGUCAGCCAAGCAGGCCGGCAAAGAAGGUGCUGUUACCAUGACUGAUGUCAGCCCUCUGUGGGAGGAGACAGCGGUAAAAGCCUGGCAGGUGUUCAUAGACUCUCAGAAAAAGAAGCUGCACAAUAGACAGCGGAAGGCAGGUCUACUCAGCAGUGCCCAGCGCUUGCCUCACAGGAAGCUUGAAAAAGACUCAUCCUGCAAUAUGGAGACAUUUUUUUCAGCUCUGGAAGUUUACAGGAAGAAUGGAGAACAUAUGUCUGAGAGCUUGCUAAAGAAUCAUCUUCAGAUGCUCCACUAUGAGAAUGAGUGGAUGGCUGCUCAGUGGCUGAGGAUUGAGGAAGAUCUGCUGCGUGAGAGGGGACUCUUUGGCCCUGGCCCAGGGGUCUUCCUCAACCAGGGCUGGGUGCAGGACGCUGCAGAGGGGCCCAACCGGACACGACCUCGCAUUCGCAGGAAAGCACUGCGACGCUCCAAAAAGUUGCCAUCCUUGUGUGGACUCUAUAUGAAAAGCAGUCAUGUAGAGGAGAUUAUAGGGGUGGCAGAACUUGCCAGUGCAGAUGCAGAGAUCAGCAUCUUGCGUGAGCCAAGCCGGGACACUGAGGCGGCUGGGUCAGAUUGCGAGCGGCUGACCUUCUUCCCUGCACUGACCGAGGCGUUGACCCCUGUGGAGGACCUGCCCGAACAGUGUGCAGAGCCUCAGGUCAUCCUGCAGCAGCUGGCUCCCAAUGAGAAGGUCACAGCCAAGCAGUGUGUGGCUGUAGUCAGUGGCCACAUACUGUCAGAGGGAGUGCUGUUGUUUGGAAAGGCACACCUAUAUGUGUGUGAGGGUUUCACUCUCUCCUCCAGCGGGGAUGUGUGCUGUGGGUCAUACCACCCCUCCAGUGUGAGAGACUCGUUCAUCUGUGGCAUGCUGAAGAAGGAGCGGAGUGCGAUGAGCGUAGGUUGCCGGCGCUGGCCCUACGAGGACAUCAAAGAGGCUCGCUUCAUGCGCUUCCUUCUCGAGGAGAAUGCCAUUGAGAUCUUCAUGAAGAACGGGGCUUCUGUGUUUUUAGUGUUUGUCGACAAAGAUCACAGUGUGGCUUUUAAAAGGUUGUGCUCUGUUGUGCCUUCAUUAAAGGGAAGAGGGUUGAUGGAGGCCAUACAUAAUGUUAGAAGGACAGUGGCCCCUGACAAAGCAGCUCUUAUGAAGUGGCAGAAGGGAGAAAUUAGUAACUUUGAAUACCUCAUGCAUUUGAACACUCUUGCUGGAAGGACAUACAAUGAUCUGAUGCAGUAUCCAGUGUUCCCAUGGGUCCUUGCUGAUUAUCAAUCAGAGACACUGGACUUAUCAUCCGCUGCUACAUUCAGGGACUUGUCGAAACCAAUGGGCGCUCAGACACAGAAACGUAGAGAGAAAUUCAUUGAGCGAUACCAUGAAGUAGACAGUAAUGAUGGUGAUUUGUCUGCACAGUGCCAUUACUGCACACACUAUUCCUCUGCCAUUAUAGUGGCAUCCUAUCUAGUGAGGAUGGAGCCUUUCUCCCAAACCUUCAUUGCUCUGCAGGGUGGAUCAUUUGAUGUUCCUGAGAGAAUGUUCCACAGUCUGCAGAAGGAAUGGGAAUCAGCCUCUAAAGACAACAUGAGCGAUGUGAGAGAGCUCAUUCCAGAAUUCUACUACCUGCCAGACUUCCUCAUCAAUUCCAACAACUUUGAGUUUGGCUGCAUGCAGGAUGGGACAUCUUUGGGUGAUGUAGUUUUGCCUCCAUGGGCCAAAGGAGACCCACAGGAAUUCAUCCGCAUGCACAGAGAGGCACUGGAAAGUGAUUAUGUGAGUGCCAGCCUGCACCUGUGGAUCGACCUGAUCUUUGGCUACAAACAGCAGGGUCCACCUGCAGCUGAGGCCCUCAACACCUUCCAUCCGUACUUCUACCCAGACAAGCAUGAUGCAGAGAGCAUGAAGAACCCACUGAAGAAAAGCACAGUCCUUGGUUACAUCAGCAACUUUGGUCAAAUCCCCAAGCAGCUAUUCACAAAGCCUCAUCCCAGUCGUGCUUCACACAAGAGCUCUACAGGCAAGGAGACGUCCGGGGCCAAUAACGUUACCCCAUUCUUUUUCAAGUUGGACAAGCUGAAGCCCUCCGUCCAGCCUGUAAAAGAGCUGAUGCAUGGCUCAGUUGGCCACAUUGUUUGUGGGGAGAAGGAGGUGCUGGUCGUGGAGAAAAACAAGUUGCUCAUGCCUCCUCACUGGAAUACAUACUUCUGCUGGGGUUAUUAUGACAACACAUGUUCAUUUGGGAAUUAUACAGCAGAGAAGAGCUUUGCAGUGUGGGAAGGUCUGGCGGACUGGGGAGAGGCUGUGUGUGCUUCCUGUCCCAACAGUAAUACGGUCAUCACAGCUGGGAACAGUACGGUGGUGUGUGUGUGGGAUGUGUCCAUCACUAAGGACAAGCUCAGGCACAUGAAGCUCAAACAGGCUUUAUACGGACACACAGACACCGUGACCUGUGUGGUGGCGUCUGAGGCCCACAGUGUGAUAAUCAGUGGCUCUCAAGACCAGACGUGCAUCCUCUGGGACCUAGAGGAGCUCAGCUACAUCACCCAGCUUCCUGCUCACUCCUCUGGUGUGUCUGCCCUGGCCAUCAAUGAUCUGACCGGUGAGAUUGUGUCAUGCGCAGGCAUGCAUCUGUACUUGUGGACUAUGAAGGGGCAGCUGCUGGCCUCUGUGAGCACCCACUGUGGUGCAGAGGGUAGUGUGCUGUGCUGCUGCUUCACCCAGAAGUAUGAGUGGGACCUACGCAAUGUCAUUGUCACUGGCUGUGCAGACGGCAUUGUCAGGAUAUGGAAGACUGAAUAUACAAAGGUACAAUUACCUGGACAUGAGGAGCGUUCAGAGUCUCAGGGGUCUGCUGCAUCGCCGUCUACAGGGGACACAGAAUGUGCCAGCACACAGUGGGAGAGGCACCUGGUCCUAUGUCAGGAGCUGAACCGGAGUCAAGCCAUCUCCCGGCAACGCUAUAAGAAAAAUCCUGCCAUCACUGCACUGUCCAUAUCCCGAACUCAUGGCACCCUGCUGGUAGGUGAUGCCUGGGGCAGGGUGUUCAGAUGGACCUGCGAGGUAUGACCAUGACACUCAACCUUGGCCUGGAGCCUUUGCUGUUAUCACCCCACCCAGCUGUGGUCCCACGGCAGCGGCAGUGUGCCCCAGAAAGCUGCCCCAUCAUGUCCUCAUCUCCAGCUCUCUGCACCACUGCUGACUCCACAAACCCCCACAUAGUCCACUGGGCUCCUGCUAUGACGCAUACUUUCUUGGACUCAGUGAGGCCUUUUGGCCUGAGCCAAAAACAGAGCACUGCUUUUUUCUUUUUUCAACCUGCACCCUGCUGCAGAUGAGUUUUAUCGUAGAGUAGGUCUCCCCCUCCAUUUUCCAGAAAGAGGAGCCAACUCAUGUUUAUCUUAGAAACAUUGCUGGGAUUUCAGUGCUGUCUGGGAUCAAUGCAUUAUCUUAUUACUUUACUUUAGGUUGUAUUUUUCUUUCAUUCUUCUUUUGCUGUGAUAUUUUGUGAGCUCAUAUCUUCAUGCUGUUUGGAGGUAUGCCCUUCAGUGGGCAGCAGGUUUCUGUUCACAGUUCUGCACUAGGGCCUUUUCAAAGAAAUCAUUCAUUUGUAAGGAAUCAUAGCAGUUUGUUGUUUAGAGUCUGCUGCCUUGAUUUGCAUAUUGUGUUUCAUGAAGUCCGCAUUUAGUGUUCAACUUUUUCAGCGCUGCCUUGAAAAUGCACUCACUGAUUUUUGUAUGGGCAUUCUUUUAAUCUGUAGCUGACAUUGAGGGAAAUGGAUUACUGUUUCUUUGGUCUUGGUGCCCCUGCUGCUGAAUCAACCUUCUCCAUAUCUUCGUACAGCCACCUGAAAAGACUUUGGCCUUUUGGAUUUUGUUGUACAAGUAUGUAAGUCCUUUGCUACCCAUAUACAUAAAAUCGUUGACCCACUCAUCUGAUUUUUCACCAACACAGGAAUUUGUCAUUCAUUUGCAGAGAAAUGCCCCUUAUUUCAUAUCUAAAUAAACAUUCAAACCCUUGGAUUCACAUUA